AUGGAGGAGGAAGUCGCCGCCCUCGUCAUCGACAAUGGUUCGGGUAUGUGCAAGGCCGGUUUCGCCGGUGACGAUGCUCCCCGAGCGGUUUUCCCUUCCAUUGUCGGUCGCCCCCGUCACCAUGGUAUCAUGAUCGGUAUGGGUCAGAAGGACUCCUACGUCGGCGAUGAGGCUCAGUCCAAGCGUGGUAUCCUGACUCUCCGCUACCCCAUCGAGCACGGUGUCGUGACCAACUGGGACGACAUGGAGAAGAUCUGGCACCACACCUUCUACAACGAGCUCCGUGUCGCUCCCGAGGAGCACCCCGUUCUCCUUACUGAGGCUCCCAUCAACCCCAAGUCCAACCGUGAGAAGAUGACCCAGAUUGUCUUCGAGACCUUCAACGCCCCCGCCUUCUACGUCUCCAUCCAGGCCGUCCUGUCUCUGUACGCCUCUGGUCGUACCACGGGUAUCGUCCUCGACUCCGGUGAUGGUGUCACCCACGUUGUCCCCAUCUACGAGGGUUUCGCUCUCCCCCACGCUAUCGCCCGUGUCGACAUGGCUGGUCGUGACCUUACCGACUACCUCAUGAAGAUCCUGGCCGAGCGCGGCUACACCUUCUCCACCACUGCCGAGCGUGAAAUCGUCCGUGACAUCAAGGAGAAGCUCUGCUACGUCGCCCUUGACUUCGAGCAGGAGAUCCAGACUGCCGCCCAGUCCUCCAGCCUCGAGAAGUCGUACGAGCUCCCCGACGGUCAGGUCAUCACCAUUGGCAACGAGCGCUUCCGUGCUCCUGAGGCUCUCUUCCAGCCUUCGGUCCUUGGUCUUGAGAGCGGUGGUAUCCACGUCACCACUUUCAACUCCAUCAUGAAGUGCGACGUUGAUGUCCGCAAGGACCUCUACGGCAACAUUGUCAUGUCUGGUGGUACCACCAUGUACCCCGGUCUCUCCGACCGUAUGCAGAAGGAGAUCACUGCUCUUGCUCCUUCCUCUAUGAAGGUCAAGAUCAUUGCCCCCCCCGAGCGCAAGUACUCCGUCUGGAUCGGUGGUUCCAUUCUCGCCUCCCUGUCCACCUUCCAGCAGAUGUGGAUCUCCAAGCAGGAGUACGACGAGAGUGGUCCCUCCAUCGUCCACCGCAAGUGCUUCUAA